UCCCCCGCCAGGUGUGGCCGCCAUGCCGGGGCUGAACCGCACCUCCGUGUCCGAAUUCAUCCUCGUGGGCUUCUCCGCCUUCCCGCGGCAGCUCCUGCCCGCCUUCUUCCUGCUCUUCCUGCUCAUGUACCUGUCCACGCUGCUGGGCAACCUGCUCAUCAUGGCCACCGUCUGGAGCGAGCGGGGCCUCCACACGCCCAUGUACCUCUUCCUGUGCGCGCUGUCCAUCUCUGAGGUCCUCUACACUGUCACCUUCAUCCCCCGCAUGCUGGUCGACCUGCUGGCCGCCCACCGUGCCAUCGGCCUCCCGGCCUGUGCUGGCCAGAUGUUCUCCUCCUUCACGUUUGGCUUCACCCACUCCUUCCUGCUCACCGUCAUGGGCUACGACCGCUACGUGGCCAUCUGCCGGCCCCUGCGCUACCACGCGCUCAUGAGCCCCCGCGGCUGCGCCCGCCUGGUGGGCUGCUCCUGGGCCGGGGGCUUCACCGUGGGGAUGGUGGUGACCACGGCCAUCUUCCAGCUCACCUUCUGCGGAUCCAAUGAGAUCCAGCAUUUCUUAUGUCAUGUGCCACCGCUGCUGAAGUUGGCCUGUGGACACAAUGUACCAGCUGUGGCCCUGGGCGUGGGGCUGGUGUGCAUCACGGCCCUGCUGGGCUGCUGCCUCCUCAUCCUCCUCUCCUACGCCUUCAUCGUGGCCACCGUCCUGAAGAUCCCCUCCGCCGAGGGUCGGCGCAAGGCCUUCUCCACCUGCGCGUCCCACCUCAUCGUGGUGGUCGUGCACUACGGCUUUGCCUCCGUCAUCUACCUCAAGCCCAAGGGGCCCCACUCUCAGGCGGGCGACAUCCUGAUGGCCACCACCUACACGGUCCUCACGCCCUUCCUCAGCCCCAUCAUCUUCAGCCUCAGGAACAAGGAGCUGAAGGCCGCCCUCAAGAAGACCUUCCUCAGCAAACUCCAUUCCUCAGGCACCUGAGCGCUGGUGCGGAGGUAGCUGUGGAACACGGAAGGGUGUUGUCUGUACCCUGGGGUUAAUAACGACGCCUUCCCUGUACUAUUGCUGCAAAGAUUUGCC